ACCCGGCGUUCAUUGGAAGAGAAGGCUGAGAGGGGCGGGACGGCGCGAAGAGGCGAGCGGAGCGCGAGCGAGCGCCCCAGCCCAGCGCCCACGACGGAGGCACCUACACCCGCCUGGGCCCGGGAAGCCCGUCACCCACGAGGACAUGGAGUUGGACCAGCUGGACCUGAACCCCAGGACCCUCGCGGCCGCGAAGAGAGCCAGGCUGAGGUCUGUGAAGGAAGUCCUGCACUUCUCGGGACCUGACCUGCAGAGACGCACCGGCCUGUCCAGCCCGGAUGUCCAGCGCUUGCUGACAGCAGCUGCCUCACACCUUCGGGGCCAGUGCACACUCACAGCGCUGCAGCUGCACCAGCAGAAGGAGCGCUUCCCCACGCAGCACCACCGCCUGAGCCUCGGCUGCCCACGGCUGGACCGGCUCCUGAGCGGCGGGCUGCCCCUGGAUGGCAUCACGGAGCUGGCAGGCCGCAGCUCGUCGGGGAAGACCCAGCUGGCGCUGCAGCUCUGCCUGGCUGUUCAGUUCCCGCGGCAGCACGGGGGCCUGGAGGCCGGUGCUGUCUACAUCUGCACGGAAGACGUCUUCCCCAGCAAGCGGCUGCGGCAGCUCAUUGCCCAGCAGCCACAGCUGCGUGCGGAUGUCCCAGGCGAGGUGGUCCAGAGCAUCAGGUUUGGGGACCAGAUCUUUGUCGAGCAUGCUGCUGAUGUGGAUGCCCUGCUGGAGUGUGUGAGCCACAAGGUCCCCAUGCUGCUGUCCCGGGGCCUGGUGCGCCUGCUGGUUGUGGACUCCGUGGCGGCCCCGUUCCGCUGUGAGUUUGACAGCCAGGCCUCGGUGGCCCGCGCCAGGCUCCUGCAGUCCCUGGGGGCCACACUGCGGCGGCUGAGCAGCACCUUCCAGAGCCCCGUGCUCUGUGUCAACCAGGUGACAGAAGCCGUGGAGCAGCCGGGCCCCCAGGAUGAGCGCCUGUGCCCAGCCCUGGGUAUCACCUGGGCCAACCAGCUCCUCGUGAGGCUGAUGGCCGACCGCGUCCGCGAGGAGGAGGCCUCGUUGGGCCCAUCCGGCCACCCAGCCCGGACCCUGCGGGUGGUCUUCGCACCCCACCUGCCCCCUUGUUCCUGCUCCUACACAGUCAGCGAGGAGGGGGUGCGGGGGUCCCCAGAGACAGCGGCCUGCUAACGUGGGGUGGCUGCAGAACAGCGUGGCCAAGCUCCUGAGAAGCCCGAUUCUGACCAGCCAGGAACACGAUCACCAGGGUCUCCCAUGACAACAGCGCCACCUCCUCUGGAGAAGAGGGUGCGGGAUGGAGGUGCCCUCUCCUCCCAGGUCUCACCCACAAGCUUGUUGGGUCUCAGCAUUUGUCCCCACACUGGGGCCUCGGAAGGACGGAUGGCUCACCAGGGCUGGUGGCUUCUGGGGUCUCCAGGGUGCCCUGCUUUCUGCGGUCUCCAUGACUGCCCGGACAGGAUGAGCAGCCUUCCUGGGCUACCAGCACCUCCCAUAAAGGCCGCAAGACCUGACUCCAGGCAGCCCACCCCAGGCCACAGCGGGCUGUGGAGACAGCUUAGUGCAGGGCAGAGGACAUACUGUGCUGACAGCUUGUGAGAGGGACCUGUGGGAACAAGCCAUGUCCGCAUGCCCACCCCACAGCCCUGGGAUGGGACCACUCGUCACCGUGUGAUGGACAUGGUGGCAGCGCCCGGUACUUUGCUUGGAGGCCUCUGUCUGCCCAGCGCUGCCACUGACCUGCAGUCUCCUC